AGGUGAAUGAGUACAGAUUACAAUUGUAACCGGAAUUCGAAUCAGAAGAGUCAAACAUGUUUCUAGAAGUGCUGUUUCCAGUUAUAUUAAUUUUAAAUCCAGUCAUAAGUUACAACAAUGUUCAGACGUACAGGGUUGAUAUCAAGAUACCUGGUGGUAAAGUAAAUGAGGAUAUUGUGAUUGACGCAAAGAAUAAUGUGAUGACGGUUAAUGUCGGGGAUGUCUCUCAUCUAAAGGGAUUCUGGUGCCAAUCAAUUAAUCUACAUGAUUUUGAAAAGAAAAAAGUUGCUAUCAAGAACAUAGACUAUGGAUAUUGUCUUAUAUUAGACACAAAGGAAACCUAUCGUGAUUCCGUGGAUCUGCUACACAAAAUUAAGAGCUCAAACUUCCAUCAUGAAAUAAAAGACGAAAUAAUGGUCCGUGCAAGUCGCAUCACCCAUGAUGAGAUGUUAAAAAUGGCAGGCAAAAAAAUUGCCGACUUCUGUGAGGGUUACAAACUGUACCAUGGAAAAAAAGUUAAUCAUGAUGGUAUGCUUAUAGCAGUCAAAAAUGCAAAACGCGUUAAACGUGCAAUGAAGAAAAGUAUGAAAGCUUGCUGGGCGGUUUGUGGUAGCUGUGUAAUUGCAGCGGACUAUAUCACCUAGGAAAGAGUUCAAGAACCAAAUGAUGUUCAGUUCAUAGAAAACCUUCCUUGUUUGUUAAUCAAAAU